AUGGCGUCUCACGGCGAUCGCGGUAUCAAGGCCAAGCCCAUGCGCCUGUCGACGGUCCUCAAUCGGCCCGCCAAUCGCGGCGCUCCCACGCCCCUCGCCCGCCCCAACAUCGCACCGCGGCUGUCGAAGAUCUCGCGAAAGUCCAGCGCGAUGGGCCGGGGGCCCCUGAAGGCGGAUCCCCGGCCCCUCAAGGACGCGGAGUUCAUGAGGAUCCAGCAGGAGCUGGUGACGCAGUUCCUAGAGGCCAGGGGUGACAUCCAUGGCCUGGGGCCCAGAGCCCUGAGUGGCCCCUCCGGCAAGGAGUUCAAGGUGAUCGUGAGCGCCUUGCAGCGCGCCCUGGACCCCCGGCCACGCAACGUCCAGGCCAAGGUGGAGGACCAGGUGCCUACGCUGCUUCGACGGCUGAGGUAUCCAUUCCAGGUUUCCAAAUCAGCGUUGACUGCAGUGGGGGCUCCACACUCAUGGCCACCCAUCCUGGGCAGCGUCUCAUGGCUGGUGACGUGCAUCAAUUACAUCGAAACAGUGGUUGCAGACAGGAGCCUGGCAGGUGGCGCAGGGUCAGAGGUCGGCCCAGACGUCAUCAAGGCGACCAGCUUCGAGCACCUGACUAGGAGCUACAAGGCAUUCAUAGCGAUGGAGGAUGACAAACAGGAAGAGAUCGAUGAGAAGAUGUUUGCAGGGUUCCGGCAGGAGAAUGCACUGGUGGCAGAACGGAUUGAAGCCAAGAAGCGGGAACGAGAGGAGCUUUCCGACAGGGUGGCACAACUGAAGACAGAGCAGUCUCCCCUCAGCUGUGCGCAGCAGGAGUUGGAUUUGGUAAAGAGGGACCAACAGAAGUUUGAGACGUUGAUACAGGCACAACAGGAUCAGCAAAAGCAGCUGAAGCAAAGGGUUGCAGAGAGAGAAAGUGACUUAGCCUUCAAGAAGCGGGAAUUGUCAGCAACACAACAGGAAAUCGAGAAUCUGCGCGCUCAAGUGGCCGCGCAGAACAUCAGCAUCGACGAUGUCAAUAAAAUGAUGAAUGAGAGGAAGAAAUUGGAGCAGAUGCGGGCAAACGCGGCAGCACACAGGGCGAACAUGGAGAAGGAAGCCUAUCAGUUGGAAAUGAUGGUGGAGGAGGACUUGGACAAGCUGCAAGCGCAAGUGCAUGAGUACAACGUCGCAGCACAGCAUUUAAAACUGAUCCCACAAACUGCAAAGCGAGCAGGUGGCAGGCAGUUAGAAAUCAACAUCGACAGGACAGCACACUCCUCGUCCGAGCUGUGCCCGAUUGACAUAAAAGGCUUUGUCAUCCCAGCCUUGCAGGAGUUGAAGGAGGUUUACACCAUCAAAUGGAGAUCUACGGGCACUCACAAGCUCGGGCUCCAAGAACAACACGACUCGCUCUGUGAGAGGCUCGCUGAGCAAAAGGAAACUCACAAGGAAGCAGAACAGAGGAUCAACAAGCUGGAAGACGACUUGCAGGGCAUCAAAGAUGCCAUCGAUGAAGAUGCACGGCUAGCAGGAAAGAAGAUCGAAGGAAUGAAGAUGGCAGUGGAACGAUUGAAGAACCAUGGCGAGGCUUCCGUUGCACAGGCAGCAGAGGAAGCCAAAGCAGCAAAGGCUGCCUACGAAGAAGUUGCAAGGGACUGUGAAGCAAAAGAAGAUAGGCUCACGGCUGCCUUCAACAACAUGCUGGACCUGCUCAGGGAGAGCUACCAGCAUGUGGGGGUUACUAUAAGGGAAGUCCGUGACCAGAUCAGACUAUCCUGGAAAGAGCAGGGCCAGCCAGCCUCCAACGCCAUGCUGGUUGCUCCUGGCACCCCGCUGUGCACACCACUGCGCAGCCAUGCUGCCUGA